CGUCAGUAAAGGGCAUUGAAUGAUAGCUCCAAUUAUUGAUGGAAAAGGGGGAGAGAACUCACCGAGCUCGAGGCUUAGGCCGCCACAAAGUUCUUGUCUUUCGAGCAGUUUCAUUAUCAGAGUUAAUCAAAGCGCGAGAGAUCGUCUUUAGUCAUUUUGCUGUCAAACCAGAGCUGUGAAGAAAACGAGAGGAAAAGCAACAGCAAAGAUUAAAAAAAAAACCAACACCCCAAAGCAAGCAAAGCAAAGCAAAAGCAUGAACCCCUCGGAAAAGAUAUGAAACCCCCCAGUUUGUGCUACUGUGAAGACAGCCAGAAACCAAUUUGGAAGUACACGUCCAUACGCGCUUACUAUAAUUCCUCUGUUUUCGACCAAAGUUGCUCUGUUUUCAUCGCCUUCGGUUUCAAUCAAGAGAAAUAAGCAGUAUACCCGUUUCCAGAAACUCCCAAAGAAAGCUUCAGAGUACACAAGAACAGAGCACAUAUCAAUGGCUGGACCCAAAUUCUGAUCGACAUCAUCCCCUAAAGAAAUGGGCUUCCUUCUGUCUCGGAUUACCUUCUGCUUCUUCUUCUUCCUCCUCCUCUGGCUCUCGCCCGCCGAGCCCUCUUCCGACUUCACCGACCUGGUCUUCAAGGGCUGCGCCCAGCAGAAGCUCCCAGACCCCACCGACGCUUCCGCCCAGAACCUCAAAUCCCUCCUCUCCACGCUCACCUCGCAGGCCUCCCAGAAGACCUUCUACUCCACCAGCGUCGGCGACGGCGCGACGGCAGUCUCUGGACUCUUCCAGUGCAGGGGCGACCUCGCCGCCGCCCAGUGCGGCGACUGUGUCGGCAGGACGCCCGACCUGGCCCGGAAGCUCUGCGGGGGCGAUGUCGCAGCCGCGAGGGUCCAGCUCAAAGGGUGCUACCUGAAGUACCGAAUCAGCGGCUUCCAGGAGGCGCCGGACACGGACGUGGUGUACAAGGUCUGCGGGUCGGAGAAGGACGGCGGGUUCGGAGCGAAGAGGGAGGCGGCGUUCGGGAUGGUGGCAAGCGGCGUCGUCGACGGCGGUGGGUUCUACGCGGGGAGCUACGGGAAUGUGUACGUGCUGGGGCAGUGCGAGGGCGAUGCCGUGAUUGGUGGCGACUGUGAGGGGUGCGUGAAGGAUGCGUUGGAGAGACUGGAGGCAGAGUGCGGCGAGGCGAUUUCAGGGCAAGUGUAUAUGAACAAGUGCUACGUGAGCUUCAGCUACUACCCCAAUGGCGUCCCCGGCGUCUCUCCGUCGUCGUCACUGUCCGGAACAGAGGAAGGCGGCAGCGGCGACGGGCAUCACACGCAGAAGACGGUGGCGGUGGUGGUGGGUGGGGUGGCGGCCGCGGGGUUCGGCGUCGUCUGCUUUCUCUUCGCGAAGUCGCUGUUCAAGAAGCGGGACGCCUUCAAGUACGAGAGUUGAUGUCGCCCACCCCCCUUCCUUCAUGUGUUUGAUCGGCCUGUAAUUAGAUCAAGUAUACACAGAACGAACUCAUAGAGAUUUGUGCAUUUCUUUUCUUUCUUGUCACACAGAGAAUUAGGAAUAUACAUAGAGAAUGAGACACAGUUUUGAAGAUCGCAUUGCUUUCUUUUUCGAAAGAUGACGAGCAGCAGUAGAACCCUUUGCCUUUUGGACCCACUUUCUUCUUUUAUGAGGUAAAGUAAAGUAGUAAUUAGGUUGUUUUAA